AUGCCUCUCACCUACAUCUUAGAGGUGGAGCUCUUCGAUAUCUGGGACAUGGACUUUAUUGGACCAUUCCCUCCAUCCAAUGGGCAUCUCUUAAUUUUGUUAGUUGUUGACUAUGUAUCAAAAUGGGUCGAGGCAGUAGCAUGCCCCAGCAGUAAUGCAAAGGUGGUUGCCAAGUUCUUACACAAGAAUAUAUGUACAAGGUUUAGCACACCCAGAGCCGUGAUCAGUGACGAAGGCUCCAACUUCAUCAACAAAGUUGUGGCAUCGCUCCUUGCCAAGUACAACAUCAGACAUAAGGUAUCUACAGCUUACCAGCCCCAAUCGAAUGGGCAAGUUGAAAUAUCCAACAGAGAAAUAAAUAGCAGUUUGGAGAAGAAGCAAUUAACGCGUAUGGAGGAGGCACAGUCGGCCUUUGCCAAUCAGGCAAAGAAGAGAGAAGUUAACAUCUUCGCAGCGCUAGAGCGUUUGAAGGCAGAAGCCCCAUCUACAUCAACUGUGACAUCUGCUGGCUUGAAGGUUUCGCUGGAGCAAUUUGGCAGUUUCGAAGAGGAAUAUCAGCCUACGGGGGACUCUUCGGAAGAGGAGGAGUAA